AUGUCAGAAGCAAUAACAAAUCAAAGAGUCCACCAAUUUGAUUAUUCAAACUCUUGCAUCGUUUCUUCUUUUGGACGCAGUGGCGGCCUUUGGUUAUUAUGGAAUGACUCGGUUAAUCUAGAAAUAAUUUCUAUGUCUCCAAAUUUAAUUCACAUAGUGAUACAUAACGAUGGUCCUAGACCACCUUGGCACCUGUUUUGUACAUAUGGUCCUCCUAGGGCUGCAGAUAGGGCUAAUUUCUGGCAGAAUCUAUCUCUUCAGGUUCAAAAUGUUCAAGGCAUGAAGUGUUUCAUCGGAGACUUUAACGCGAUUUCUUCUGGUAAUGAUAAGUUUGGAGGUUUACCGGUUUUGGAUUCACACAUUUCUUAUUUCAACUCAUUCAUUCAACAUAAUCAAUUAAUUGAUCUCGGAUUUAGUGGACCAGCUUACACUUGGAGUAAUGGUCGCAAUCUUGAUGCUCUUAUUAGACAAAGAUUGGACAGAGUUAUGGCUCCUCCGGAAUGGUGUAUCUCCUUUCAUAAUGCAGGAGUUCUUCAUUUACCACGAUUGGCUAGUGAUCAUGCACCGAUCCUGCUCAAUACUUCUAUGAACAUUACCACAGCUGCUACGACAUAUAAAUUCGAGGCUUAUUUGAUUACUCAUCCUACAACAAAACCUUUUGACAAAACGAUUUGA